AUGCGUCUCAAGAGGCAUAUAAACCUGCCGAAAACGUCUCGAUUCCAGCUCUCCUACCAUUCAUCCUCCUCCUUCACAAACAUCUUUACCCCCUCGUCCAAUUUCCUCAUCAUGAAGUUCAACCUCGCUGUCCUCACCGGUGCCGUUCUGGCUUGCACCAUCAGCGUCUCGGCUCGAUGGCUUCAAACCUCGGCGACGCAGAACUACUGGGAGUACUGUCGCUCGGACGGCGGUCGAUACAACACUCUGCAUGUGUGCUUCCAGGCCCCCUCGGACUCGUUCGCCCGACAGCUCGCCGGUCAGGGCGGCUGGUCCGGCUACCUUGGCUCCGACCCCAACCACUUCGUUGUGUUCUACGACAACGCUAACGGCGUGACCCUCACGGGCAACGAGUAUAUUGUUGAUAUUACGUUCCUCGUUGUUGAGCCGCCUACAGCGCGCGAUGACAAGUGUGCGCUCGUCACCGUCACCCACAGCAAGACCCACGCCGUCAUCAGCUCCCAGAACGUCUGCAAGGGUCAGAUGAUGACGCUUCCCGCUUGA